AUGCAAUCGACAGGGCUUCGCGCCCUGCUCAAUCCUGCUAUCGUCGCCGCCAGAUCACAAGUCCGAUCUCGAAUACGCUAUCGAUCAUUUCAGACAUCGUCAACCUGGAGGGACACAGGCGCAGGCGCAGGUGCAGGCGCGGGUGCAAACAAUGGUGACAAGCCACCAGGGCAAUCGGCUGUUGUAGAGGACGAAGAUGUACAGCCGCAAAACGGAACCGAAACCGCACCGGGUCGUUCACGAGUUCGGACUUCGACUUCUUUGAAAAACAGAAUAGCUCGCAAACAUGCCGCUCCUGCGCUACCCCCCGUCAAACUACCACAAGCGUUCCUCGACGACAAUGUCACUCUUCACCAUGCCUGGAGGAGACCACAACUCCCGAUUGCUCUCGCUGAAGACGCCAAACAACCAAAGACGUCCUCUAUCUUUGUCGAUCCUCAGGUCGCCGAUAAGAAGACUCGAAUAACGGAAUCUAACAAGGCGCUUGAAGAUUACUUCGAUGCGACAUUCACUGCCAUGUUCGAGAAAGUCGCGGACCGUGUAAAAGCUGUUGUUGCUCUCGAUGCCAAUUGCCACACAGAGGAGCUCGUUCAUAAGCUGACGAGCCUCACCCGCGCCUACGACAUGCUGCUCGACUCAGCAUGGCAUUUGGCCGAUUCCUUAUAUCCUGCCCGACACGCGGAAUAUACAUACACUUCAAAACCCUUCUGGUGGUGGCACUACUAUAAGGACUUUGACCGACAUGCCCAAGAGUUUCGCGACCAGUUCCUUUCAGUUCAGACAGGUCUCGAUAGCAUUCUCGACUAUGACUGGAGACUCGACCACUCCCUAGCCCAAGCCAUCGCCGACCUGCCUAUUCUCACGUUCUCCUCUAUUAGAUCUGCUCUGCGUCGAGAAUUAACAACACCGCCCCCUCCCGACUCUGAGUCGAAGAACCUUAAGCGUCAGAUCACCAUAUUGUCCAUGUCUGGCUAUAGCGGACAAGCCAUAUCAGAGGCUGUCGCAGAACACAUCGCCUACUUCAACGAUGCUGAUCUGGUCAAACUGAAUGCCCAGGAUUUAUCCGUCACAGUAGGAGACUAUCUCGACCAAGACUGGGCUUAUUCGCGAGGGUCUCUUUCGAACAUGGGAUUCCGCGCUGCAGAGAUGAAUGGAAAGCUUUACAGGGAUCCCGAUGUGGUGGCACGCCCCGAGGAGGAGGAUAACGACCCUGACACGGGCGUGAUUAACAUUCGCGCAGCCUCAGGUUCGCUUGAAGACGAGCUUUCCAAAAUCAAGCAGGGUGGCUAUGACCCCUUUGGCAAAUGGGAGAACCUCAAGAUCGACAAGGUCUUGGAGCAAAUUAUACAGGCAGCCGAGCUUAAGCAAGGCUCCCCGCGUGAGAAGCCUCUCAUCAUCCAUAUCCACGAUUUCGUUGAACUUAGUAUGACACUUGAGGGUUCAAUGCUCAUCACGAGAUUGAGAAAUAUCGUCGAUUCAGCCUGGCAGCAAGGGUCAAAGGUUGCAAUUCUGGGAACGUCCUCGAGUGAGCAACCUUCAGAGGAGUAUCAAAGCAUGCUUCGAGAUCUCUCGGUUGGAGACUUUGUCAUUUCUCGACAUAUCGAUCCUUCUCGCACUUUAAGGCAACCCAAACCGUCUGGCGGCUUACAAACUUCCGAUGGCAAUUUCCCUCUGCAGGAUACAGACAUUUUCGUGGAGAACGUUCAAAACAUCAACCGUAUGCUGAAAUCAUUAGGCAGCCAGUGCAUCCUUGAACUUUCAGAUGCUCACAUGAAGAUCUUUAUGCACGCUACAGACACCCGGGCUCAGAUGCUCAAAAAGUCUAUUCUUCCUCUACCAGAGGUGUACAACAUUGCAUGCGCCGCAAAACGCCACGAAGAGGAAGCCGCAGGUGCUGCACCAGGAGGAGUGUAUGAGCGCCUUCUCAUGGGCCCUUUAAGGCAAAGACCCGGGCAGCGAUACCUUGACGAGCCUGAGCAAGACGGCAAGACGGAAGGAGAGGACUCACAGAAGAAGGAUGAAGACCCGCAAUCAGGCGGCCGGGCAUCUAUGAAGCUGAAUGAGUAUGAGAAGCGGAUAUCUUCAGGCCACAUCAACCGUCAGAACUUGAGAACGACUUUCGACGAUGUUCACGUCCCCAAGGAGACCAUAUCUGCCCUCAAGCUCCUCACAACCCUGGCGCUGGUACGGCCUGAUGCGUUCUCUUAUGGUGUACUAGCCCAGGAUAAGAUUCCUGGAUGCCUGCUGUAUGGACCUCCUGGUACAGGCAAGACGUUGCUCGCAAAGGCGGUUGCCAAGGAGAGCGGCGCAAACAUGCUCGAAAUCAGUGGUGCGACUAUAAAUGACAAGUGGGUUGGUGAGAGCGAGAAGCUCAUCCGCGCUGUCUUUACUCUGGCCAAGAAGAUCUCACCGUGUGUAGUCUUUAUUGAUGAGGCCGAUUCUUUACUAGCAAACCGCAGCAUGCUCGGUGCUCGCGCAUCACACCGGUCUCACAUCAACCAGUUUCUGAAAGAAUGGGAUGGUCUUGAGGAGACAGAAGCCUUCAUCAUGGUUGCCACCAACCGUCCAUUCGACCUUGAUGACGCUGUUCUCCGCCGCCUGCCACGCCACCGCAAUGCCAUUCUGAAGAUACUCCUCAAGGGCGAAACCCUUGACCCUGCCGUUUCACUCGAAGAUCUAGCCAAGCGUACACCCUACUACUCAGGUUCUGAUCUGAAGAAUGCCUGCGUCGCUGCCGCCAUGGCUGCUGUUGAGGAGGAGAAUGAAGCUGCUGCACGUCACAGUGGCCCCGAGCCGUAUGAAUACCCUAAGAAGCGUAUUUUGCGCCAGGACCACUUCGACAAGGCACUUCGCCAGAUACCGGCUAGCAUCAGCGAGGAUAUGCAGUCUCUCAAGCAGAUCCGCAAGUUUGAUGAAGAAUACGGAGCCAAGAAGAAGGGUGCAAAGAAGACGAUGGGUUUUGGCGUCGGCGCAGAGAAGAAGUUUGCAGAUGCUGAGGAGGUACGAAUCCGUCGCGGUCCGUGA